AUGGAAACGGAUCGCAGCUCAAACAACAGAAUGUCAUACACAUCGCCGUUCUUGGAGUCUUUCAAUCUCACACUUUCUCCUUAUCACAGAGAGAGAUUGGAGAAGAUCGAUAAGGCUGACUACUCCUUUGUUCUUCGCAAGGUAUCCGAGGAAUACAACUAUGCUCUCUCCGACAAGUACCUCAAAGCUGGCAUUGAGAACUUGAAGCGUUACUAUGCUGUGGCUCUUCUGGACCCUCUUAAUAGACAUGCCGUCUCUCGCGCGGUCGACCCCUUCUGGCACUCGCAUGUCCUGUUCACCAAGGAAUAUUUGACCUUCUGCAAAUCAGUUUAUGGCGCGUUCAUUCACCACCAGCCUCUUGACAUGGAGGAUAAACCGGAGGUCGAGAGAGUAGGGGCCUUGUACAACUUCACUCUUGCGACUUACAAGCAUAUCUUCAAGACCGUGGACCCCGAGUUCUGGCCUGAGGCAGGAGUCAUCGCAGCGAUGCCCGUCUGCCUCCAUAUGGAUUUGAGGGAGCACGAGGUAGAGAAGCACGCCCUCUUCCAGGCCCAACCAGAUAUGGGAUAUCAGUUCAAAGCCGGGCAAGCCAUCGAGAUGAAGGCCUAG